GUAUCUAUACGCAAGGUUAACACUUGAUCGUAUAGCUGUGGAGGACUGCACGUAUAAGUAGGUCGUGAUCCAUCCUAGAAGCCAAUCGAAGUCGAGCCGUGGAGAAGUUCAGACGUUUUCAAAGCAGCGACAAUUCCCGAGACGGAUUAAUCCCAAACUAAAACUAACCUCAAUACAAUAUUCAGAAACGACAAGAUGACGACAAAGCUUGUUCUCUUCCUAUGCGUGGCUCUGCUGGUCGUGGGCGUUAUCAAUGCGGCUCCUGAUAAAUCCAAUUGCGGUCGACACGGUGACCCCUGCCGCGAGAACAGAGAGUGCUGCUCCAAUUUAUGGUGUCACAGCUAUGCCGGGCAUUGCGUCAGCAAACAGGGUUCUGUCGGGAAGAAACCCCUGAAGGAAAAGGAGCGGCCUAAAGACAGCGUGGAUCAUCGGCGAAAGAUUGAUUAAAAUUUGGAAAAAAAAAAAACAUUUUCAGUAGACAUAGAUAUAGUAUUAUUUGGCAGCUAUAAGCAUGGUUAAGAUAUCAAGGUGUUGCAUAUGGGAAAAUUAUUUAAUCAUUUGCUACCCUAUAAUGCACGCUAUUACGCAAUCACGAUUUCCUUAUGGGAUAUAGUCAUACAUUACAUUUAUCCAUACGAGCCAUUUCCAAAAGUCCUGUAUGAUUAUAGAUAGACUGGAGAUAUUUUUGAAAAGAAAUUGGUUGAUUCAAGAAUUUAAUUAUUUUCAUUUUAAUCGACAGUCAUUAAAUGGCUUGUAUUUUAUUAGUAUUAUCAUGGAUCAUAUGCGUGAAUCAUAUUUCAAGUAUUUCAAUAAAAUUAAUUUUAAUUAUGAUUAAUAAUCAAUUUCAACGAUCACGGGUCUUUUAUUAAUACAUGACAAUAGUAUUAAUGGCUGGUUCGCAAUAUAAAAUACAUAAUGAAGAUUAAAGAAUGUGACUGUUACUAUAAAUAUAAUAAAUCUAGUAGAAGAUCGCAAGGCGUCCACGUCUGUUCAGACGUUGCGACGCUGCGUGUGUAUCUAUACGUUUCUGUCCAUUAGCAGGACGAGUAGCGAUCUGGAAAUCCCAAAAUGAUAACGCCAUGACGUUCUUAUCGCGUGCCGGGAAAUAUCAACGCGAUUUCACUUCGCAAUUAAACCGCACGUUCAUGAAACGACAAAUGCGUAACACUAGCACGAAAAAUUGCAGAAUAUGAAAUUUCGUAAUUUUCUCAAGACAUUAUGUUAGUUCUCACCGGAACUUUUUUUCGAAGUCAAUACAGCAUACGAAUAAAAAUUAAAAAUUUGCA